CAGUGAUAUUGUGGUUAUAUUUGGAAAGAAAAGUUUACAAUUUUUGCAUUAUUUAUUAAUUAUAUUUAUAGAACAAUAGGUAGCAUACACGUUUGAAAACUCUCAAUAUGUCAGCCUAGCUAAAGCUUUAUAGAUCAGAAACAUUUUAUAGAAGAUAUGUACGAAAGCCCAAGUACUUUGGAACACCUAUGUUUAGAGACCGUGUGCGACAACAUAACAAUUUAUGCCAGAUCAAACACAGAUACGAGAAGCGACUGGUGGAAUAAGUCUUCAGAUGAAAAUACGGAUGAUGAAACAAAAUACCAAUUCAAAGAACCAGAUAUAUUUCUUAUCACUGAAAUAUCAGAAAAAUUACUACAGAAACUUAGCGAAAAGGGAAUCCUGGAUGACAGUCUACUCCAAAUUUUCACAGAACAAAACACAAAGCUGAGAAAGUUUGGAAUAAACAAUUGUAUGGUUACUAAAAGGGGUUUGAGUAUAUUGAAACAGCAUAAAAUUAAUGAAAUAGAAUGCAUUAACUUGAAGAGAACUAGUAUAGGGGAUAUAAUCGAUUGUUUAAGUGACUGGUCUAUGGAGAAUUUAUAUUACGCCAAUUUUUCUGAUUGUACUUUCAUAGAUGAAUUGAGAUAUAGCUUUAUGGUGAAAAUAGCAAAUUUAAAGAACCUUAGACAUCUGAAUUUAUCAUAUACAGAACUUAAUCAAAGUACUUUCAAGAUUAUUUGUGAAGAUCUGAAGCAACUAGAGAAAUUAGAUAUAUCUGGAACGAAUGUGUUCGACCUUAGCCCACUUGUAAACCUAGAACAAAAGUUGACAAGCUUAUCCAUCUGUGAUCUGCCUCAUAUAGGCAACCUUCUGUCCACCAUUCAACAACUCCAUCACCUGCGGUAUCUAGACGUCAGCUUCUUCAAUGAGAAAGACAUGCCGCACAUCAAAAACCAAAUCCAACUACUAGAAACCCUAGAAAGUCCACACAUGCUCCCAGAACUUAGAUACCUUGACCUCUCUGGUUGGAGAGAACACGUUUCCAAACUGGUACUGUUGAAGAUCCUAGAGACUCAUCCAAAGUUAGAAUUUUUGGGGUUGGUGUUGUGCUAUGUGUCACAAGAUCCGGUAUUUGUCAAACCUGGAGAAGUUACAGCGAAUUUGGUGGUCGCAGGGGUUGGAAGUGAGGCGCAGGUUAAGGUCACUUUGAAGAGGUACAAGCACAGGUUCAACUAUGUGCAAAAAGCUCUCUACCACCUGUUCCAAAUGACCUCGAGCUUCCACGAGCCUCGUCCUGACAUCUUGCGCUUAAUACUUCCUGUCAUGGAUGCCCACCUUAACAAAUUCGGAGUCCAAAUGGCAGCCACCGCCUGUCUUUACAACCUGACCAGAGGGGAGCUGUCAAAGAACAUCCAUCCCCACACGUUGAGCAGGGCCGUAGAUCUCACCUUAGCUGUUAUGAACAUGUAUCCAGAGGAGUUUCAAUUGCAGAAGAAUGCCUUGUUGAUGUUGUGCAGUGACAGGAUCCUACAGGAGGUUAGCUUUGACAGGUUCAAGUGCGCCAGGCUAGUCCUGGACGCGCUUUGUCAUUUCGAUGACGUCAAUAUGGAUAGAAUGGCUGUGGCGAUUUGUAGCAUACUAGCGGCAAAGGUCUCAACUGAGGAAACGUCUGAAUUGGGAGCAAGACCAGAAUACAUGAACAAAUUAUUAGCCAUGGUGAGAACGCGGGUCGUAUCCAGUUCGGCCGAUAUAACAUUGAAAUUUACCUUGAGUGCCCUUUGGAACUUGACAGACGAAAGCGCGGCCACAUGCACAGUGUUCCUAGAGCAAGAGGGUGUUCAGCUAUUCCUCGGCGUACUUAGGGUGUUUAAAGAUAAUUCAGCUAUAGAAACAAAAGUUUUAGGUCUUCUUAACAACAUCGCAGAAGUAGCUAGGUUAAGAGAAAACCUGAUGCAAUCUGAUCUCAUGAAGGAGCUCUUCGUGCUUCUAAAGUCGGAGAAUAUAGACGUCAGUUACUUUGCAGCAGGUAUAGUCGCUCAUUUAGCGUCUGAUUGUGAAGAGCAGUGGAAAACGUUGGAGUAUACACGAGACGAUAUGUUGAGGGAGUUAGAGAGUGCCGUGAUGCAAUGGAAGGUUCCUGAAAGUGAAAUGGUCGCGUAUAGGAGUUUUAGACCUUUUUUCCCUUUAUUGAGGAUAGAAAUGGACUAUAGGGUGCAACUUUGGGCUGUAUGGGCGAUACACCACGUUUGCACAAAAAAUCCAAAACGGUACUGUCAGAUGCUCAGAGAAGAAGCAGGCCAUGUAUUGUUGACUGAUCUGCUGAAUUUCGGUGGUUCUCAUCAAGAAAUAAAAAGUAUAUGCUUGCUUAUUAUUCAAACGUUGGAAGCUAAUGUGUGAAUCUUGAAUUAGAGCUUGAAAAGCGCUGUGUACUCCUUAUGAAGAAAAGGUGAGGCAGAGUAUUACUGUGCAUAGAACAUGCUGCCAUUUUCUUGUCACUUGAUAUCACUAAAGUUUAUUCUCAUAUGGAAAAUAACCAUGUUGAUAUUAGAUUUCCGCAUCGAGCCAAUAGAAGGAAAAUUAAUUUUGGGUGAGGUAAUUCUUUUUAGAAAUUGGCAGAUUGUCACAAAAUUCAGACUCUGCAUUACUUUUUUGUUAUUAAACUGUUUCUUAAUAUUGUGAUUUGCAUUGAAUUUGACAAAAAUGGAUGGUUAGCAUUAUUGAUGCAUACUUCUGCUUAUAUACAUAUAAUGUACCCAGUAUUUGGUAUGGUUUUGAAUCAUUAACUUGAUGUUUUGAUUGUUAGCUACAAAAAUGCAUUGUGUGUAGGUACUGAAAGUACUCAGAUUGUCUAUGAUGAAAUUUUUGAAAAUAUUUUAAUGACCUAUAGUGAUGAAAUAUUUUCGUGUGUUGUAUGCUAUUUGCGCAUAUGCAUAUAUUAAUUUUUACCCUGUGUUAUAAAGUCGUUACAUUUUUGGUUGCAGCUUUAAAUUUUUACAAGUCUGAUGAUAUAUUGUAUAGACAUUACUUCUAUUGUUGUACUUCUUUAAAAUCUAUAAUUGUGCCAAUAUAUGUGUAUAACGUUAACGUUCUUGUACAAAUGUGUAUAUAAAUAUAAAUGUUAGAAAAUUUAAAUUAUGUUAUG